GGGCGGACGGGCACGGCCCGGGCCCCGCCGAGGAGAAGCCGCUGCCCUGCCCGGGCUGCGAGAUGAGCCUCAGCUGGAAGCAGAGCCCGGCGGAAGCGAUGCCGGGAGCCGGGAAUGGACACCUGGACGAGCACCGGGAUGAGGACGGGGACGUCCCCGCUGAGGAGAAGCUGCUGAUUUGCCCCCAGUGUGGGACGAGCCUCGUCUGGAAGCAGAACUCGUCGUCGCACCUGUGGCAGCACCUGGAGAACCAAGCCCUCGGCUGUGCCCUGCAGCCCCCGCAGGAGCCCGGGGCCCAGGACCCCCAGCUCCCCUCACAGGCGGCCCCGGCCGAGCGUCCCUUCGUGCAGGACCCCCAGCUCCCGUCACAGGUGCCCGGUGCCGACCGCAGCCGGGACCCCCGGCCCCUCCCGCAGCCCCCGCAAGCGCCCGGUGCCCAGGACCACCGGCCACGGGAGCCGAGUGCCGCGGGCGGCCCCGGCUGUGCCCAGGACCCCCCGCAGGCGACCCCCGCCCAGCGCCCCUUCACCUGCCCACAGUGCGGGCGCGGCUUCGGGCGCAAGGCGCACCUGGCGCGGCACCUGCUGGUGCACUCGGGCACCCGGCCCCACGCCUGCGCCCGCUGCGGCCGCCGCUUCAGCUCCAAGACAAACCUGGGCCGGCACCAGGCCGUGCACACCGGGCUGCGGCCCCACCACUGCGCCCGCUGCGGCCGCGGCUUCACCCGCAAAACUCACCUGGAGCGCCACGAGCGCACCCACAGCACCGGCACCGGCACCAGGACGGGCACGGGGACGGGCACGGCCACUGCUGGCAUGGGGACAGGCACAGCCACUCCUGGCACGGGGAUGGGCACGGCCACCGCUGGCACUGGCAUCGCUGGGUCCCAGCUGAGCUGGCCAGAGCCCCCCACCCUCUGUCCCUGAACACCAGGAGGUGCCAGGGGCUCCAGCGGUGAAUCCCCGGCACUGCGGUGUCGG